AUGGAUUCUUUGCCCAGCUUGGAGGUCGACGGCCGGGGAUUCGUCUCCGAGGCGGAUCGCGAUGCCUUUUUCAGACAUCAGUUCGCGGCGCCUGAGAACACCGCGUGUUUCGACUGCGGAUUCAGCAACCCAAACUGGACGUCCCUCUCAUUUUCCAUCUACUUGUGCCUAAACUGCUCGGGGAGGCAUCGCCAGUUGGGCUCGCACAUAUCCUUCGUCCGAUCCACGGAUAUGGACAGAUUCACCAGGGAUCAGCUGAUUAGACUAUCUCUCGGCGGAAACGGUAAAUUUAAUUCAUUCUUAAACUCUGAAAAUUUGUUAAAAAAGCCCUUGAAUUACACCAAUAAUCGACUCCUCGCUUACUCUGCUAAACUCGACGCAGAACUGUCCAAAUACACUGGAAAGAGGAACGAUAACUCACCUGCGGCUAAAAAUGAAGUUUCAGUUUCAAAUGUAGUUGACGAGGAGGCUUCGAACGAGGGGCCGUCUGAGCCCUCGGUUCCGCGUGCUGUCGAAGGCAGUGAGACGCUCCAAAGCGUCCUUAGUUCAAUGCGCGACGACGUGGAGAAGCUCCUGGCUGACAACAAUGACACGUUUUCUGACCUGCUGGACUUCGGGUCGGUCGGAGCCCGGGAGUUUAGUCUGAACGCCAGCGCCAACUCGAGCAUCGCCGAGGUGAGCGGCGACGCCCAAGGCUCAAUCGCAAGGUCAGAAGCGGAAACCCCCGAAGUUGCCGAAAAUUUAGAGGCCCACGGGCCGCAAACGCACUUUGAUUUUGACGACGUUUCCGAUUUCGUGGACUUUAAGCCCGAAAGUUUAAACAAGCCCACCACCGCCGAUUCUCUGUUCAAUUUGGACUUCGUUAACCCGAAGCCUGCUUUCUCGGGCGCUGUUUCCGGCUCAGCCGCCUCCUCAAGUCCCCCUAGUUCCGGGCGCUUGAGCAACGUAGGUGGGUCUUCGUUCGGUGCUCGGACUGACGGCGGCUCCACCAGGGGAGCGAGGAACAAGUUCAGCAGUAAGGCGCACGACUUCGAUUUUGAGUCGUUCGAAAAGCAGAACGUGCUGCAGGCGUCCUUCGCAAACGUGACCGGCCCGGCGGCCACCUCGGCCUUUGGCGGUGCCUCCCCCGGACCCGUCUCGUCGGCAUUCGGCGGCGCUUCGCCUUUUGGCGCGGCUGCUCCCGGCGGCUCAGCGGUGGGAGUGACCUCGUCCGCCUUUGGAUCUGCCGCAGUCAGGGGCUCCACUGCUUCCUUCGGCACCAAGGUCCCUGUGAAUUCACCCACGCUCAGCGGCUCCUCCUCAGUGCCUGCUCCCGCAUCCUCCCCCGACAAGUCGUUUGCCGUCAACUCUGCUUCUUCCUUACAUGUUAAAUCGGCUUCCUCGCCACUCCGCGGGCCCAUUGGGUUCCCCGCCGCCUCUGCCGCCGCCGGCAACGUGUCUUCCAGUGUUGGCGAGGAGUUUGCUCUGGGCAGCAGGCCCUCGGUGAGGCCUGACCUGUCACAGUUUGAGGGCAAAAAGUCGAUUUCCUCCGACGCCUUCUUCGGGAACACUUGCGCCAGCGCGCAGACGAAUUUGGGCCACAAGGUCAGCCCCGACACGCUCGCCUUCAGCUCCGACGACUACUUCGGGCGCCCUAGGAGGGAGGCUCCCCCCGUUCCCACCAUCGAGGAGCAGGCCAUUCAGAACCUCAACGAGCUGAAGGACAACCUUGUCACUGCCCUGAACAAGGGCAGCGUUCUACUUGAGAAGGCCAAGCAGUGGCUGCACACAAACUACUACUAG